AUGAGCUGCAGCAGUGUUGAAGGAUCGGAGUUCUCUGAAGAAGAGCUGGAGCUUGGCCUGCUGGGUCAGGAAGAAGACGAAGGAAGUCCCAAGGAAUCUUUCCAAGACAGUGAGAGCUCUGCUAGCCCUAGUGAUCCAGAGGAAGGCCAGACCAAGAAGCGUAAUCGACCAGUGCGCUCAAAAGCUCGAAGGAUGGCCGCCAACGUCCGUGAGCGAAAACGCAUCAUGGACUACAACCAGGCGUUCAAUGCCCUGCGCGUCACUCUGAACCACGACCUCACCGGCAAACGGCUGUCAAAGAUCGCCACACUGCAGAGGGCCAUCAACCGCAUCUCUGCUCUCUCAGUAUUCCUGAGCUCCAACCCACCCAGCAAGCCCUGCACCCAUCGGGAGUGCAACAGGUCAUCUGCAGGACCCCUGGUGAAUGGAGCAUCUCGGCAUGAGCAGACUCGGGCCACCGUUCCUGGUCUGGAGCCUCAGAGUUACGUCCCCUGGCACUCGUCCAUCCCUCACCAGAUGCCUCCUCAACAAGGGCCUCACCUGAACAGGCUGCCCACGGAGCCUCACGUGUACAUGGACAACAAUGCGUCAUCAUGUCCACCAUCACCACACUACCCUUGUUACCCCCCUGAGGGACAGCUUUAUGCCUCAUAUGGACACUGCGGAAGCCCCCACGACCAUCCGCCCAGCCCUAUGCGAUACCCACAGGUGGGCGAGGGUUUGGGGUACCAGCCAGGCAUGUGGGCUUCCUGCGCUCAGAAAUACAUGGACACUUUUGUGGAGCCUUCUCCAGCUCUGGGGCUUCCCUGGCAGGUGAGCUACAUGCAGGAGCCGGAGCACAGCCUCCCUCUGGGUUCUGAAAUCCUAUAA